UUCCCGGCUACUCCAUACAAAACCCCGCAACAUCACUUCCUUCUCUUCCGAAUACCGGAGUCCUAUUCGCUCUCUCCCGUUUUCCAUCUCUCAAAUCCCUCUCUCGCUCUCUGCUCGCAGAUCCAAAAACGCGAAGAUGUCGCUGCGGGUAUUGAAUCCUAAUGCGGAAGUGCUGAACAAGUCAGCCGCGCUGCACAUGAACAUCAAUGCCGCCAAGGGCCUCCAAGACGUCCUCAAGACCAAUCUCGGUCCCAAGGGCACUAUCAAGAUGCUCGUCGGAGGCGCCGGAGACAUCAAGCUCACCAAGGACGGCAACACCCUUCUCAAGGAAAUGCAAAUUCAAAAUCCAACGGCCAUCAUGAUCGCGAGGACUGCAGUGGCCCAGGAUGAUGCGAGUGGUGAUGGCACGACUUCUACCGUGCUCUUCAUUGGGGAGCUUAUGAAACAAUCGGAGCGUUGCAUCGAUGAAGGGAUGCAUCCCCGUGUACUUGUUGAUGGCUUUGACAUUGCAAAACGAGCAACACUUGAAUUUCUGGAGAAGUUUAAGACCCCUGUAGUGAUGGGUGAUGAGCCUGAUAAAGAGAUUCUCAAAAUGGUCGCAAGAACAACACUAAGGACAAAGCUGUACGAAGCACUUGCAGAUCAGUUAACUGAGAUAGUUGUUAAUGGGGUGCUUUGUAUUCGCAAGCCUGAGGAGCCUAUUGAUCUGUUUAUGGUGGAGAUUAUGCACAUGCGUCAUAAGUUUGAUGUAGACACACGUUUGGUUGAAGGUCUUGUCCUCGAUCACGGUUCAAGACAUCCUGAUAUGAAACGACGGGCAGAAAACUGCCAUAUCUUGACUUGCAAUGUAUCAUUGGAAUAUGAGAAAAGUGAAGUAAAUGCGGGCUUUUUCUACUCAAACGCGGAGCAGAGAGAAAAGAUGGUUGCUGCUGAAAGACGUCAAGUUGAUGAAAGAGUUAACAAAAUCAUUGAACUAAAGAAUAAGGUUUGCUCUGGCAAUGACAACAACUUCAUUGUUAUCAAUCAGAAGGGAAUUGAUCCUCCAUCACUAGACCUUCUUGCUAGAGCAGGGAUAGUUGCUCUACGUAGAGCAAAGAGGAGAAAUAUGGAGCGAUUGGUUUUGGCUUGUGGAGGGGAGGCUGUCAAUUCUGUUGAUGACUUGUCUCCAGAUUGUCUUGGCUGGGCAGGACUUGUCUAUGAGCAUGUCCUCGGGGAAGAAAAAUAUACUUUUGUGGAGAAUGUGAAGAACCCUCAUUCUUGUACAAUUUUGAUAAAAGGGCCUAAUGAUCACACAAUUGCUCAAAUUAAGGAUGCUGUUCGUGAUGGACUUAGAGCUGUCAAAAAUACAAUUGAAGAUGAAGCUGUUAUAUUGGGAGCAGGGGCAUUUGAAGUUGCAGCCAGACAGCAUCUGGUCAACAAUGUGAAGAAAACUGUUCAAGGGCGAGCACAGCUUGGAGUGGAAGCUUUUGCCAAUGCCCUUCUGGUUGUGCCCAAGACGCUAGCUGAGAACUCUGGCCUUGACACACAAGAUGUACUCAUUGCGCUCACGGGGGAGCAUGACAAGGGGAACAUUGUGGGAUUGAACCAUCACACGGGGGAGCCGAUAGACCCACAAAUGGAGGGUAUUUUCGAUAACUAUGCUGUGAAGCGCCAAAUCAUAAACUCUGGACCUGUUAUUGCAUCACAGCUGCUGCUAGUGGAUGAAGUAAUUCGUGCGGGUCGCAACAUGCGGAAACCAACCUAGGCAUCUCAGAUGUAGUUAAGGUUAGAUCAUGUGUGUUUUGGUAAAGAGAAGCAUGAUUUUGUUUCGGGAAUUUACAGCUACAUAUAUGUAGCUGCGGGGGAGCUGUGUGGCUGUGGUUAUUUGUUUCAGUGGGAUUUGGACGAGGGUUGUUUAGAGAUACAGCAAGGAUAUUGAUGUUGAUUCUCUCUCAUCUCUUAAAAUUUGGGGGAGUUGGGCUUUAA